GGGACAAUAACAGAGAGAAAACACCUCGCUCUCAGCGUGCUCACACGCACCUACCAUCAGUAUGUCGCUCAUUCUCCACCGGAAAAUUCGGUUUUUCCUCAGAGUAACGGUUCGGAAAAUUCCUCCGAAUCGAGCACGAAACGGAAUCCUUGCACUCGCUCGUCUCGCUGCCAGCUAGUCACAAUCGGUCACGGUCCCAAUCCUGCGACGGCCACAGCUGUCAGUUUGUGUUUGAACUCCCGUCAGCGUGGAUGCGAGUUUUGGAGGCGCGCGUUCCUUUCUGCUUCCUCUGGACAGGACUACAAGCACCGUGGACCGUGAGGAUUAAAGAUCUCUUUGGAUAAAACUGUGAGCGGUAGUACUACGGCUGGUUAGAGGAUUUUUUUCUUCGAACCACGCGAGACCAGUGGGAAAUUCGUGAGGUGUCGCAGUGGACGACGUGGGCGUACGGAGGUCAGGGGCCUGUCGGUUGUCCCCGGAGAGGUUCUUCUUGGCAAGGUGUAAAAAAGUAAUUGAAAAUUAAAGAGGGCUGUCUUGGCUGGCCCCGAGAGUUGCGAAACGGAAAGAAAGUUGUGUUCGCUCGGGCGAACUGGAGUGUGUGAAUUUUACGUUUUUUUUUCGAGCGACGGGCCAUGGGGUGCCCGAACGAAAGGGGAGGCGUUCUCUUGCUCUGUCUCUCUCGAAUGAAAAUUUAUUUUGAUUGAAGGUGAGCUCAAGUGGAAAAGCUUUGGUCUUUCGCGGUCGUGGUUUGGCGUUCAAAGUGUGGAAAGCACAAGUAGCUGGAAAGUGUACAAAGAGUGUUUUCACGAGAAUGAAUAGCAGCCGAAGCUUGAAACAAAAGACUUAUGAAUUUGCCGAAAGCCAGUGAAACACAAAUAGGUUACGUAAAUAUAUAAUCAAACCAAUUUACAUUCAACCGAACGGAAGUCUUAUCAGGUCGAAAGAGGCGAAAAUUGUGGAAAACCUCCGGUCGCACAGCUCCACCUUGGUGAAGGGAAGAGAAACGGAAAAUAAUAUUACAAUAAGGAUUAAGUGAUUAGGUAAAGUGCUUUCACUCAGCCUGUUGUUGGGGGUUCAUUGUACAACAACAACGGCGUUGGCGGUCUAUUCAAAAUAACUACCUUCGGGAAAAGAGGAAGGUUCGAUUUCAACAGUUCCUUUUGGAGAUCGCUGUGAGGUAAUCCCCUGAGACGAGAAAAAGGGGCUAUUUGCGUUUGACCGUUUCAAGUGUGGCGCUGCCAGAAUUUGUUAAUGUUCACAGUUUACUCUAUCCUCCAAUAGUUACGAGUCAAGUCCCAUAGUGUGCUUCACAAGUGUGCAAGAUUUAUUUAAAGCAGGAAAUAAACUACCGAAAAAUCCGACGCAGAUGGCCAAACGGUAAUCGAGAAAAAAGAAUAACAACCUCCCCAGCAUAAAAAAGUUCUUCCCAAGUGAUACAGCGUGAAAGAAGAAUUUGGUGUGGAUUUUUGGCUUUUUCUGUGCAAACCUACCAACCGAAGACAAACAGCCAAACGAAAAGACAAUCCAGCAAAAAAGAAGAAACCCCCGUGUGGAGUAGCAGAUUUUCCCGGAACCAGCUUUGCCAGUUCAAGUGGAAAGGUCAUCGCCCGGAAGCAGCGUGAUAUCUCGGGCAUCGUCUGUCCUUUUGAACCAUCACUACUGCCAAAACCACGUUAAAUCCCAGCCGCAUCGUCGUGAAAAAAUCACCCACCGAAUGAUGUGUUGGAGCUCUUCGCGCUGCUACAUAUGAACCUCUACCAUUACCCAACCGCAGCCACACCUUCAUCUCAAACCCCUUUACGAUAGGCCACAGCCGGGUGAGGCGGGCGUGCGUUGUCGGCGGUCGUGCCCACGACUAUGCUCAUCCUUUUUGACGCCCGCAGUCGAAGGCGCACCAGUAGCAGCAGCAGCAGCAGCAGUGGCGAAAAUAAUGAUGAAAAAUUUAUGGAAAAAGUGUUGCAAGCGGAAAGUGUCGAGCGGUGCUUAUGAAUAAUUUUCGUCUGUUCGGUGGUCGAAGACUCUGUCUCUCACGUUAGAGCUGGUGGUACUGUUCGCGUUCGUUAGUCGUUCGUUCGGUCGAUGCGUGGUAUUUCGACUUUCAACGGCGGGAACUACAUCGAGGCUCAAAAGUCGGAAAACUAGUUUGAACGGAUCGCGCGGGGAAAGCGUGGAAAACCGGUGGAAACGUGUGUAUGUGUGUGCAGAGCUGUGCUUGUGCGUUUUGGGAAAGUUCCAAGCCGUGGUCCGCGUCAGUGAGGUUUACGGAAAAGGGAAGAAAAACGACGUUAUGAUUUCAUCAGCUCAGUUGUUAUUCCUGUGUGAUUGAUUUUGUGGAUGACGGUGCAGUUUUUACGUGAUACUAUACAGAUUUGAUAACCGCAGGGCAACUGUUUCACAAAACCCACUCGCCGCACAUUGCUCUGGCACGGAAUAAUGAAGAUUUGAAACGAUUUCAAUUUGCUUCCAUUCUGCUCGGCAACAAAAGCAUCAAACUGAGCGGGGUAAAAAGUGAACAAAUCGAUUUCCAAUAUAGCAGCGAAGAGACCGUGCAGCUUUGCCCCCUCGCCGUAUAAAACAACGGAUUCACUCUUUUGCACUGCGGUAGGACUUGCUGCUCGUUGUCGUCGUCCGUGUGGUCGUGGUCGUCCGGGGCGGGAGUGUGUUGAAAGCUUCCUGUGAACAAAAAGCAAAGAUACUAAAACAAAUCACGGCCAUUUGUCUGAGUUUCCCGGUGCGGUGGUGGCUGCUGCUACGGGGUGUCGUCGUAGGGGAGAUUGUAAAAAGCUAGCGAAGCGGCAAAUUGCAAAAAAGCAUCAUCUGCCGACCUUGUGCGUUCACGAUUCGGAAGCGCGGUUGGGAGUGUUUCGAGUGAAAUAUCAAAAUAAAUACGAGGUCAUAAAUUUCGACGCAAAAACUGGGGAACUUUUCGGAAGCAAAAAGCUUUGGUUGGAUCGAGGAGAAACUUCAAGAAGCAAAAUUGUAAAUUAUCGAUUUCGAUAAACAAAUCAUAACACCGUUAGAAUGAGACUAGAAAGGCUAGGAAAGAUGGAAAUUUACGGCUGUGGCAGCAGUGGGACGGAGAGCGGGGAUCAAACCACUAGGGAGCAUCCGGCAUCCGGUGCUCAGGGUCAGUGUUGGCCCGGAUGUAGAACGACCGCACAGAGCUCGAAUGAGGUCAACCACAGCAGUAACUACCAUGGUAACAGCACCACCGAUCGUAAUAUACUACUGCUGGUGGGCGGCGGUGUUGCAAAUGAUGGCGAUGACCAUAAUAGUGGUGGCGGUCUUUAUGAUGACGGAAGUAGCCGGAGUCCAUUGGUCACAGAAGCAGCUGGGUCGUCGUAUUUGCAGCCCAGUAGCGAUGCCACCACCUCCCGAUGCACAAUCAUCACCGCCAACAGUAGGAGUAGAAGCAGUGGCAGUAGAAAAAUAGGAUCCCAUCUGCGAAUGCUGACGUUUAUUGCCCUGGUGUUGCUGACUCAAUUGUCUGUAAAUAUUAGUAUAGGUGAAGCAGCCAGCCAGAUACUGAACAAAGCGGAACCCCUCUUCAUCACCCGGUCGGAAGCGUUCAAGUUUGCCGUCGGCGAUACCAUUGCCCUGCCCUGCGAAGUGUCCUCUCCCGGUUCGUACAUGUUGGCAUGGAAGCGGGGCAUUGCGAUUCUGACGGCCGGUUCGACCAAAGUGACGCCGGAUCCCCGGGUGCGGCUGGUGAAUGGCUACACGCUGCAAAUACUGGACGCGUCCCAGCAGGAUGCCGGCGAUUACAUCUGCCAGAUGGCGACCAUGAAUCCCAGGGAGAUAACCCACCACGUGGAGAUUCUCGUGCCACCCAAGAUUACGCACGUGACGUCCGGCGGUCAUCUGCAGGUCCGGAAGGGGUCCCCGGUGCGGUUGGAGUGCUCGGCUACCGGUAAUCCGAUGCCGAACAUUACGUGGACCCGGAAGAACAACGUGCUGGAGAAUGGGGAAGCCCAGUACACGUCGUCGGUGUACACCAUCGAGAACAUGGACCGGCACAAGGGUGGCACGUACAUCUGCACGGCUAACAACGGAGUUGGGCAGGUGGCGACCAGCCAAAUCAUACUGCAUGUGCUGUAUCCUCCCGAGAUAGCCGUGGAAAAUCCAAUUGUGUACUCCGGUGAAGGUCAGGAAGCCAUGCUGGUGUGCAUCGUGCACGGAGAGUCACAACCGGAAGUCGUCUGGCACAAGGACACAAUGCAGAUCGAUCAAACCGAACGGCACGUGAUAGAAAGCCGCGGUGCCCGUCAUACACUCAUCAUCCGAAAGGUGCAUCCGCAAGAUUUCGGCAACUACAGCUGCAUCGCAGACAAUCAACUGGGUAAAACGCGGAAAACGGUCACCUUGACGGGAAAACCGAAAGCGGCCGUAUUCCGGUCGAUGCCCAACAGCCAGUGGAAAGAUCGGUACAAUAUUUCGUGGGUUGUGGAUUCCCAUUCACCGGUCGAGGAGUUCAAACUGUACUACCGGCUGGUCGACGGGGACAUUCUUCAAACGCACGACGGUAUCUACGUUGAUGAACGGAAGUCCCAUCAUCCGUACAUUCCGGGAAAUGAGCAGAUGCUGGACUACGACCGGAAGAUAACCUCGUUCGAGCCGUACUCGUACAACAACGCGUACAACGGCGGUGGCCACGGUAUGCACCGGGGUACCAGGUGGUCCAAGACGGACUGGCGGGAUGUGGUGCUGCCGGCGUUUCCCUACUCGCACCACUACACCCAGGGCAUGAGCUAUCUGCUGCGCGGGCUCGAUCCGGACCAGCAGUACGAGGCCCGAGUGCAAUCGAGGAACCGCUACGGAUGGAGUGAUUUCUCUGACAGCUUUCUGUUCACGACGUCAAACACAGAUACCGAAAUUCGUGACCUGAGCGUAACGCACCGAGGAGGUUCCAACGGCAGUCCGCGUCUGCAGCUCAACUCCACCAUCAGCUGGAUCGUCUCGCUCAUCCUGGUGAUAUCUACAGUCAGCAAUGUACGAACAAGUAAAAACCUCUGCGGCAGCAGCAUCAGCAGCAGUAGCUUUUGAAGGUGAUUGUUAGUAGUGUAAGAAAAUUUAAGAACAAAAUCAGAGACACAAAAAAAACACUUUUAGACUAGCCUACAAUCAGAACACAUCCAGCAUUCCCAACGCAAGAACGGAAAAAAAGAAAGUUAAAAUUGCACACAAACUGACUCAAUCACGCAGCAGCGACAAACCUUUAAUGAGCGGAAAUAUAAUCGCAACGGAAUGAUAUCAAUCGGAAUGGGGUCGGGAAGGGAAGAUGUAACGAAGCUGUUUUUGUUUGACAUAAUUACGUUACCAGGUUGGAUUGUGUGCGCCGCGGUUAAUUCAAUUAGUGUAUUCGCCAGGUACCGCCGAUUCCACCGAUUGGUUGGUGGAGCAUCUGUUUCCGGUUCAACGUGUUGCGUGGCAGCCCUGUGCGUUUGUGUCGAUACGUGGGGUGAUUAAGUUUUAAUUUGAUUUACCAAGAGGGGUUAUUUAUUUUUCGAAAAAAAGGGAAAGAAUAUCGAAAAAAUUGGAAAAAUGUUCGUUGAAGUAUGCAAACAUAUUUACACCCCCAUCACAAAAGGGUUGAACUGAUUAAUUUGGCAUUUUUUGUGUUGUUUUCGGGACAAAUGGAUGUUGAACGCGUUUAUUCAAAUGGGUUUAAAAUCCCACUUAACAGGUUUACCCAAUUUUCAAUUCAGUUAUUCUUCGUCCGAAGCAGUUCAGUGAAGAGAGCAACUCACAAAAGAAUAAAGCAACCAAGAAGACUAUUUUUGAUAUGAAUAAAAAAAAAUAUUAAUUUAAAAACACCGACAGGAGAAACAAAAUGACAGAGAGAUAUAAAUAAAUAAUGAAAUGGUGAAGUAAUAAGCA